AUGGAAGUGGACGGGGAGGCAGAGUCUCGGAGAAUCAAAUUCUAUACGUCGAGAAUCAGUCCCGAGUGCCGAGCAGUCAAUAUGUUGGUCACUCACUUAAACCUACCCAUCCAUGAGAUAUACAUCAGACCUUUCAUUGACACGACAACUGAAGAAUAUAAAAAG